GAAAAUUACUUAUCAGCUGGUGUGUAGUUGCUCUUGGAGGACUUGUGAUGGAAAUUUCUUCUUAUGUUCCUUUGUUUGUACAAAUCUGCCUAUAGAUCUUAUAUCUGAUAAUGAAUAGAACUGCCCCUGAUCCAAUAUAUACUCUUCGAGGCUCGGGAAGUGCCAUCUCAUGUUUAAAGUUUUGUGACACUGGGACGUUAUAUUCUGGCACCUAUGAUGGAAUGGUGCAUGUAUGGUCAAUUGAGACUAAAAGAAUAAUCAGCAAAGUAUCUGCACAUCCCGGUCAUUCUAUACUGUACCUUGACUUCAUUGAUGACUCAAACAUGAUCACACAUGGCCGAGAUGGUAUGGUGAAACUUUGGACAAAGGCAGAAACAGACUGGAUCUUGAAUGGUAAUAUCUGUAUACGGCAACUUCCCCUACCUGAUCAAUCAAGUGCUGUGAUACUGGUUUCUGUGGAAGCUGUCUAUUUGGCUGAUAGAACCUUGGCUGUUCCAGGAAUAAACCAGUCAGAAGUGGAUAUUUAUGACCUUGACACUUUGAAAGUCUUUGCUCAUCUUAAACCUGAAAGUUCAAAAGAAAAAUUUGGAAUGUGUAUGAAAAUUAAAAGAUGUGACCACAAUGAUAAUCAGAAUCUACUUACAGGAUAUGAAGAUGGCAGUGUUGCAUUAUGGGAUUUAAGACAAAACAAAAUGGCCGAAAAGUUAAAAGUGCAUCCAGAUGCUUUAAUGUGCAUGGAUUUUUCUAACGUCCUAAACAAAGGUUAUUCUGGUUCUGUUGAUGAAGAUCUUCAUUCAUGGACUAUAUCUGAAGAUAAAAUAAAUGCUAGUUUAUCAGUUAAAACCACAAACCCAGGAUUUAAUGAUGCAUUAGUGAGGAAAGAUGGUAAAAUUGUGGUAUUUGCUGGCUGGGAUGGAAAUAUUAGAAUAUUUGGUGCCAAAAAAUUGAAGCCUUUAGCAGUUCUUAAUUAUCAUAAGGAAAGUGUUCACUGUUUAGCUUUCGCUGAGGACAAUAUCUUAGCUUGUGGUUCUAAAGAUGAGUUAAUUACGUUAUGGGACAUUUACAGAUGAUGAUAUAUGAAUAAAAUGAUGAGAUUUAUAAAAAAUGUGGGAAUUUUUGAUGACCCUAGAAAUAGCAUUCUCUAUGCAGUUGUAAACAAUAAGACCAAAGAAGGUCUGUAUGAAUAUGAUCUGAGUUGUGACAAGACCUAAAAGGGAGCAUGUUAUAUGAAAUCUGUAGUGACAAGAUUAAAGAGGAGCAUGUUAUAUGAAAUCUGUAGUGUCAGACUAGAUCAAAGGGGGAACAGGUUAUAUGAAAUUUGUAGUGACAAGACCAAGGAGGGAGCAUGUUAUAUGAAAUUUGUAGUGGCACAUCCAAAGAGAGAAGGUUAUAUGAAAGUUGUAGUGACAAGAUCAAAGAGGGAGCAGGUUAUAUGAAAUUUUUAGAAACAAGAUUAAAUAAGGAACAGGUUAUAUGAAAAUUGUAGUUACAAAAUUAAAUAAGGAGCAGGUUGUAUGAAAUUUGUAGUUACAAGAUUAAAUAAGGAACAGGUUAUAUGAAAUUUGUGGUGGCAAGACAAAGGGGGAGCUGGUUAUAUAAAAUAUGUUGUGACAAGAUAGAAGAGGGGCAUGUUAUAUGUUAUAUGUAAUAUGUAGUGACAAGGCCAAAGAGGGAGCAUGUUAUAUGAAAUAUGUAGUGACAAGAUCAAAGAGGGAGCAUGCUAUAUGAAAUAUGUAGUGACAAGAUUAAAGAGGGAGCAUGCUAUAUAUAUGAAAUAUGUAGUGACAAGACCAAAGAGGGAGCAUGUUAUAUGAAAUAUGUAGUGACAAUAUCAAAGAGGGAGCAUGCUAUAUGAAAUAUGUAGUGACAAGAUCAAAGAGGGAGCAUGCUAUAUGAAAUAUGUAGUGACAAGAUCAAAGAGGGAGCAUGUUAUAUGAAAUUUAUAUUGACAAGACCAAAGAGAGAGCAUGUUAUAUGAAAUUUAUAGUGACAUUUUUUGAAGGCCAGAAGGAGCAUAUUAUUGUAUAUGAAAUCUGUUAUGACAAGACCAAACAAAAGCAUAUGUUAUGAAAUUGACUGGGACAAUACACCAGAAGUACAUGGUUGUUUCAUGAAUUGCAUGGUUAAAGACCACAGAAAGAAUUUAGUUAAUAAACCAGUAUGAAAUCUGGUGUACAGGCUUGAUCUAUACUAAGGCAACACAUUUUAGCAGCUUGUGUUAGAAGAAAUAAAAAGUAGCCAAAUUGUAGUAGAAUAUACAUGUACACAUGCAGUGUUGAAAUUACAUAUAGAUUUUAUGGACCGUUAUUGAAUGAAUAAUUUUCUUGACCAAAUUUUGACAGUAUAGAUUAAAUAAUGAAGUAAAAAAACCUAGCAAAGGGAAAUUUUUUUAUCUGUUAAUAUAUUAGGAGUUUUAAUGAAGUAAUUGUAUUAAAUUUGAUUUAAAAUCCAAGAUCAAAAUCAUAUUCUAAAUUGAUGAAGGUAUAAUUGCUAAAUUACAUUGUGUUGUUAUAACAAUAUCAGCCCUUAUUGAAUGCUGAAUAAAUAAAGCCAUUUGGCCUAAGCUCAA